AUGAUUAGUAUGUCACAGGAGGAAAUUAUCGCCAACACGAAAACAGUCGUUCAGGGCUUGGAGGCGUUGAAGAAUGAAAACUGCUCCAUUCUGUCGGGGCUGUUGCAGUCCCUCAAGAUGGUCAAGGAGACCUCGAAGGGGGAUGUGAACACCCGCCUGAUGGAGGAGAAGGCGUCCAUCGUCAAGAAGAGCAUCGAGUCGAUUGAACUGGGCCUCAAUGAAGCUCACGUCAUGAUGGCCCUAGCGGGACACCUGCAGAGCAUCGAGGCGGAAAAGCAAAAGUUCCGAGCCCAGGUUAGAAGACUGUGCCAGGAGAACGCCUGGCUGCGCGAUGAGCUAGCAAAUACCCAGCAAAAGCUGCAAAUAUCAGAGCAAACGGUGGCCCAGCUGGAGGAGGAGAAGAAGCACCUCGAGUUUAUGAAUUCGCUGAAAAAGUACGAAACGGGCGAAACAACCGAAGAGAGCUAUACCUCGAAGAGCAAGGCAGAAAACGAAAAGGACCCCCUUGAUCUGGGCUUUCCCGAUGACGACGACGACAACGUCCACCCGGACAGCCUGACGCCGACGCCGCACGGGCAGAUGGCGGCGGCGGCCAAUCCCGGCUACGAGAUUCCCGCCCGCCUGCGGACGCUCCACAACCUGGUGAUUCAGUACGCCUCGCAGGGCCGCUACGAGGUGGCGGUGCCGCUGUGCAAGCAGGCGCUGGAGGACCUGGAGAAGACCAGCGGCCAUGACCACCCCGACGUGGCGACCAUGCUGAACAUUCUGGCGCUGGUCUAUCGCGACCAGUACAAGUACAAGGAGGCGGCCAAUCUGCUGAACGACGCGCUGGCCAUUCGCGAGAAGACUCUGGGGGAGAACCACCCGGCGGUGGCCGCCACACUGAACAACCUGGCCGUCCUCUACGGAAAGCGCUCCCGGUACAAGGAGGCGGAGCCGCUCUGCAAGCGGGCGCUGGAGAUUCGCGAACGGGUGCUGGGGAAGAACCACCCCGACGUGGCGAAGCAGCUCAACAACCUGGCGCUGCUCUGCCAGAACCAGGGCAAGUACGACGAGGUGGAGAAGUACUACCUGCGCGCGCUGGAGAUCUACGAGUCGGUGCUGGGGCCGGACGACCCGAAUGUGGCGAAGACGAAGAACAACCUCGCCUCCGCCUACCUGAAGCAGUCCAAGUACAAGGAGGCGGAGGCGCUCUACAAGGAGAUUCUCACGCGGGUGCACGAGCGCGAGUUUGGCAACAUCAACGAGGAGAACAAGCCGAUCUGGCAGCUGGCCGAGGAGCGGGAGGAGCGCAAGAACGGCACGCCCACCAUCUCCGACUACGGCGGCUGGUACAAGGCGGUCGACAAUCCUACGGUGGCGACUACGCUGAAAAACCUGGUGGCACUGUACCGCAAGAUCGGCAAGAUGGACGCCGCGGAGGUGCUCGAAGACCUGACUGCCGCUCGCAUCAACAAAGAGAAUCAAUCAACAACUAAUCAACAAGAACAGCAACAGAAAAAAAACAGCUCGCCGUACCAGGAGAUCCAGCAGCUGCUGCAGCGGAAGCGCUCCUGGUCGGGGCAGAUCAAGACCUGCAUCAGCAGCUGCAAGAAGGUCCUCUACAAGUGCCACAAGGACAUGAACUACUGCAUCGAGGGCUGUCGCAUUCGCGUCUACAAGCCCAUCUACAGCUGCGUCUACGAGCAGUGCAACAACCGCGGUCUGGGCAUCAAUGAGACCUUCCACCCCGCCAAGUACCACCAGUGUGUGCACCUCUGCAAGCUGCGCCCGAAGAAGGACGCCCACUACAACAACAGCACCACCACUUCAAUGCCCAUCUACGGACAAAAGGGCAAAAGUUUAGGGAACACGGAGUUUGCAGUUCUCAACGACACCAGCACUUCAAAAAGUGCUCGAUUCUAA